AUGGCUCUUGGUUUCGUCGACGCUAUCGGUCUGCUUGGCACUGGUUUAGGUAUCAUUCAGUUUGGCUUGGACAACUUCGUUCCCGAUCAGAAGGAUGCUCAAGGUACCAUCGUCGGAAUCAAAGGCGGCGACGGCGCAGGAGCUUCGAACACUCUGGGUGGUAAGAUCUCCAAGGUCUAUGCCUACAACUCCCAGAACGUGCAGCUCGGCACUGCGGGUAGCCAGACUAUGGCUGGCAAUGCCGACUACCUGACCUACACUGUCGACCAAGAUGUACCUGGUGCGCAAGGCCAGUAUGUUGGGAUCCAGAAUGGCAACGACGCCACCUGUAUCGCAUGGAUUACAGUCAAGAUGUUCGACAAUUCCCUCGGUGGCGCUUGGACCGGAGACAUAGGUCGCUCAUGUGGCCAAUCUUGGUUCGAGAGUCAAGAAGUUGCAGGUCAGCUCGAAGAUGGGAGUGUUUAUCGCCCUUCUUGCACAUGGCUCGACGGCAAUCACGACAAUGAGAUCCCAAGCGCAGCUCUCAAGUUCUCAACCUACUCCUAUGGUCCCGAUACCAGCCAUGUCACGCUCGACAGAGAUGCAUGUGCAUCCACCAUCUUCGCCGCCGAUGAGAAGGAAAUCAAGGGCAACAUGGCCAAGCGAAGCAACCUCCAGCGUCGUGCCCGUCUCUCUUGGAUGGAGCAGAAGCUCGUCAUCUCCAACAUUCCCUCCCACAGCGCAACCAAUCUUUGCAACUCGGAAACAUCCUGGGGCCCUGACUUCGCCGAUAGCUAUGGAAUGCUCUGCGACAUGGGCACCAAGACUUUGUACACCUUGUGCUCCAAAGAGCAGAUCGACGGCUGUGUCAACAUUUCCACUGAACAAUAUCGAAACAGCACCAACACAGCGUCUGUAGCUAUGCAGCAGCGCUCGAUCGCCAAGCGCACUGUGUCUACCGCUUUUAAGACUUACGAGCAAACCUCUGUUUGGGGUGACAACAACUGA